UCCCCUCGCCUCGCCCGGAGCAUGAAGCGGCCGGGCGGCCCCGCGGGCGAGCGCCGCUGCCUCGGCCGCCGGCGGCGCCUGCUGCUUGGCUGGCUGCUCUGGAUCGCCCUGUGGGAGAUCGGCCCCGGCGCCGCCGCUCUGCCCCCGGGCUGCAAGCACGACGGGCGGCCCAAGGGCUCCGGCAAGUCCCCGGCAGGCGGAGCCGCGCCCGCCGCGGCCCCGGAGGGCAAGGUGGUGUGCAGCAGCCUGGAUCUGGCGCAAGUCCUGCCGCCGGACACGCUGCCCAACCGGACGGUCACCUUGAUUCUGAGCAACAAUAAAAUAUCAGAGUUGAAGAAUGGUUCAUUUUCUGGGUUAAGUCUUCUGGAAAGACUGGAUCUGAGAAACAAUCUUAUUAGUACUAUAGAUCCAGGUGCUUUCUGGGGUCUUUCCUCUCUAAAAAAAUUGGAUUUGACCAACAACAGAAUAGGAUGUUUGAAUGCAAACAUAUUUAGAGGACUCACAAACCUUGUUAGAUUAAAUCUUUCAGGAAAUUUGUUUUCUUCAUUAGCUCAAGGAACUUUUGAUUACCUUGGCUCCUUAAGGUCCUUAGAAUUUCAAACUGAGUACCUUUUGUGUGAUUGCAAUAUAUUGUGGAUGCAUCGAUGGGUAAAAGAGAGAAAUAUCACUGUACGUGAAACCAGAUGUGCUUACCCUAAAUCACUUCAGGCUCAGCCAGUUACGGGCAUUAAACAGGAGCUGUUGACUUGUGAUCCUCCUCUUGAAUUACCAUCUUUCUACAUGACUCCAUCUCAUCGUCAAGUUGUUUUUGAAGGGGAUAGCCUUCCCUUUCAAUGUAUGGCUUCUUAUAUUGAUCAGGACAUGCAGGUAUUGUGGUACCAGGAUGGAAGAAUAGUUGAAACUAAUGAAUCUCAAGGUAUCUUUGUUGAAAAGAACAUGAUUCACAACUGCUCAUUGAUUGCAAGUGCCUUAACUAUUUCAAACAUUCAGGCAGGAUCCACUGGAAACUGGGGCUGUCAUGUGCAAACUCGACGUGGAAACAACACCAGAACGGUUGACAUUGUGGUAUUAGAAAGCUCUGCCCAGUACUGUCCUCCAGAGAGGAUAAUAAACAAUAAAGGUGAUUUCAGGUGGCCUAGAACAUUGGCAGGCAUUACUGCCUACCUACUGUGUACUCGUAACACUCCUGGCAGUAGUAUUUAUCCUGGAAACCCACAGGACGAGAGAAAAGCUUGGCGCAGAUGUGACAGAGGGGGCUUUUGGGCCGAAGAUGACUAUUCCCGAUGCCAGUAUGCAAAUGAUGUCACCCGAGUUUUGUAUAUGUUUAAUCAGAUGCCCCUCAAUCUUACCAAUGCUGUGGCUACAGCUAGGCAGCUUUUGGCUUACACUGUGGAGGCAGCAAAUUUCUCUGACAAAAUGGAUGUUUUAUUUGUGGCUGAAAUGAUAGAAAAAUUUGGAAGAUUCACCAAAGAGGAAAAAUCAAAAGAGCUUGGCGACGUGAUGGUAGAUAUUGCAAGCAAUAUCAUGUUGGCUGAUGAGCGUGUUUUGUGGCUUGCACAGAGAGAAGGAAAAGCUUGCAGUAGAAUUGUUCAGUGCUUACAACGAAUUGCUGUGUACAGAUUGGCAAAUGGAGCCCAUGUAUAUUCAACUUAUUCACCAAAUAUUGCUCUGGAAGCUUAUGUCAUCAAGGCUGCCAGCUUCACAGGAAUGACAUGCACCGUAUUCCAGAAAGUGGCAACAUCUGAUCGGUCAGGACUAACUGAUUACGGAAGAAGAGAUCCAGAUGGACAUCUAGAUAAACAGCUGAGCUUUAAAUGCAACGUUUCUAAUACAUUUUCAAGUCUGGCACUAAAGAAUACUAUCGUAGAAGCAUCUAUUCAGCUUCCUCCCUCCCUUUUCUCACCAAAGCAUAAAAGGGAAACCAGACUAGCUGAUGAAUCUAUUUACAAGCUUCAACUUAUUGCAUUCCGCAAUGGAAAGCUUUUUCCAGCAACAGGAAAUUCAACAAAUCUGGCUGAUGAUGGAAAGCGGCGCACAGUAGUCACCCCUGUGAUUCUCACCAAAAUGGAUGGAAUAAAUAUAAAUACUCAACACAUUCCUAUUAAUGUUACAUUGCGUCGAAUUGCACAUGGAGCAGAUGCUGUCGCAGCCCAAUGGGAUUUUGAUUUGCUGAAUGGACAAGGGGGCUGGAAGUCAGAUGGCUGCCACAUCCUUUCCUCAGAUGAAAAUGUUACAACAGUUCAGUGCUACUCUCUCACUAGUUAUGCAGUGCUAGUGGAUUUGACAGGAUCUGAAAUAUAUUCCCAGCCAGCUGAUCUAUUACAUCCUGUUGUAUAUGCCACAUCUAUAAUUCUCCUCUUAAAUUUGUUAAUGAUCAAUGUCAGUUAUAUAUACCAUCAUAGUUUAAUUAGGAUCAGCCUUAAAAGCUGGCACAUGCUAGUGAACUUGUGCUUUCAUAUUUUCCUGACAUGCGGAGUGUUUGUUGGAGGCAUAACUCAGACCAAAAAUGCCAGCAUCUGCCAAGCAGUUGGAAUAAUUCUCCAUUACUCUACACUUGCCACAGUACUGUGGGUGGGAGUGACAGCUAGAAAUAUCUAUAAACAAGUCACUAAAAAGGCUAAGAGAUGUCAGGAUCCUGAUGAGCCUCCACCUCCUCCAAGGCCCAUGCUCAGAUUUUACCUUAUUGGUGGUGGUAUCCCUAUCAUUGUAUGUGGAAUAACAGCAGCAGCUAACAUCAAGAAUUAUGGCAGUAGGCCGAAUGCACCAUAUUGCUGGAUGGCUUGGGAACCUAGCAUAGGUGCCUUUUAUGGACCUGCCAGCUUUAUUAUUUUCAUAAACUGCAUGUACUUUCUGAGCAUAUUUAUUCAGUUGAAACGACACCCUGAACGCAAAUUUGAACUAAAAGAGCCAGCUGAGGAGCAGCAAAGAUUGGCAACCAGUGAACAUGGAGAAGUAAAUCAUCAGGAUUCAAUGUCAUUAUCAUUGGUUUCUACAUCAGCAUUGGAAAAUGAACACACUUUUCAUUCUCAGCUUUUAGGAGCCAGUCUUACUCUACUUUUAUAUGUUGCAUUGUGGAUUUUGGGGGCCUUGUCUGUUUCGUUAUAUUACCCUUUGGACUUGGUUUUUAGUUGUUUUUUUGGAGCCACAUGCUUAAGUCUUAGUGCUUUUGUCAUGAUGCAUCAUUGUGUUAAUAGAGAAGAUGUUAGACUUGCUUGGAUUGCCACAUGUUGUCCUGGAAGGAGUGCAUACUCAGUGCAAGUCAACAUUCAGCCUUCUAGUUCCAUUGGGACUAAUGGAGAAGCUCCUAAAUGUACUAAUAGCAGUGCAGAAUCUUCAUGCACAAAUAAAAGUGCAUCAAGUGUAAAAAAUUCUUCACAAGGCUGUAAACUGACAAAUUUACAGGCUGCUGCAGCCCAGUGCCAUAGUAAUGCUCUUCCACCAAAUACUAUUCCUCAGCUUGAUAAUAGUCUAACUGAACACUCAGUAGACAAUGAUAUUAAAAUGCAUGUGGCCCCAGUAGAAGUUCAGUUUCGAACAAAUGGACACCCAAGUCGACAUCAUAAAAACAGAAGUAAAGGACAUCGUGCAAGCAGACUUACAGUCCUAAGAGAAUAUGCCUAUGAUGUCCCCACCAGUGUGGAAGGAAGUGUUCAAAAUGGCCUACCUAAGAGUCGACCAGGCAAUAAUGAAGGACAUUCAAGGAGUAGAAGAGCUUAUUUAGCCUAUCGUGAGAGGCAAUAUAACCAACCUCAACAAGAUAGCAGUGAUGCAUGUAGCACACUUCCCAAAAGCAGCAGAAAUUUUGAAAAGCCUAUUGCUACCAGUAACAAAAAGGAUGUAUUAAGAAAGCCAAUAGUAGUUGAACUUGAGAGCCAGCAAAAGUCAUAUGGCCUAAAUCUGGCUAUACAAAAUGGACCACUUAAAAGCAAUGGACAGGAUGGACCUUUGCUGAGUACAGACAGCACUGGCAAUAUUAGGACUGGAUUAUGGAAGCAUGAAACUACUGUGUAGCAUUGUUGUGCUUCAGUGAUAGAAGUUUAUGCGAACUGUGAUAGACAUUCCUUUAAUCUAUAAACAUUUUUUUAAAAAACUGUUUACAGGCACCUUAGGGUGGAGAAGAGAAUUUGUGAAUAAAACUUUUAUAAUUUUGGAUGAUACUUUAAAUGUUUUUACUUUAAAAAUGUUCUUCUGUGACUUUUAUUUUUUUAGCAUUGUUUUAUUUGGCAAGGCAGAACAAGACAUUUUGUAAAUCUGAUUUGCAUCUUCUUGAACUUUUGAUAUAAUGUCUAUAUCAUGUUUCAAGUUUGUAUUUAAGUAAUAAAUAGUAUUUGUUUUUUCCCCA